AUGUUGCGUGCAGCGAGGACAUCUCUUUUGAAGCAUCAAUUCGCUGCGAGAACACGUUCGAUAUCUAGUACACCUACCUCAGGACCCGCGAAGUCGUUCCCGAAAGAGCCUACAGUUCAUGGUCUUCUGCCGUCAUCCCAGUCUCCCAUUGUCUCGACGCUCAAAUUUUUCAAUUCCGUGACGGGCGAUGGAACACAGAUUCCUACGUACAGGGUCUUGGACAGCGUCGGACAACCAGUCGAAGGGGCUACUCUCCCCGAAGAGAUCGAUGAGGCUAUGGCGAGGCGAAUGUACGAGAGCAUGGCCCAGCUUCCUAUAAUCGACAACCUCAUGUACAACGUACAGCGGCAAGGGAAACUCGCGUUCUAUAUGACACAUUAUGGAGAAGAGGCAACGUUGAUCGGAUCGGCCGCUGCUCUUGCGAAUGAUGACGAAGUACUUGGGCAAUACCGCGAACUGGGAGUGCUAAUGUGGCGCGGCUUCACGUUAGCUGACAUGAUGAACUCUUCAUUCGGGAACUGCGAGGAUCCAUGUUCACGCGGAAAGCAGAUGCCAAUGCACUUUGGCUCUCGCAAACACCACUUCCACAUGAUAUCCUCUCCGCUCGCGACGCAAAUACCUCAAGCAGCGGGAGUCGCUUUCGCCUUGAGACGCGAUCCUGCUAGACGGGGAAAGAACUGCGCUGCGGUUUACUUUGGUGAAGGAGCCGCGAGCGAAGGGGAUUUCCACGCUGGCAUGCUCUUCGCAUCGACGAUUCCGUCGCCGACCCUCUUCAUCGCGCGCAACAACGGCUUUGCCAUCUCCACACCCGCCACUGAACAAUUCUACGGCGACGGGAUCGCCGCACGCGGACCCGGGUACGGGAUCCACACCGUGCGCGUUGACGGGAACGACGUCCUGGCAGUGUACAACGCCGUCAAGGAGGCGCGGCGGCUAUGCAUCGAAGAAAGCCGUGGUGUCCUUGUAGAGGCGAUGACAUACAGGGUCGGCCACCACUCCACCUCCGACGACUCCUUCGCCUACCGCCCGCGCCAGGAGGUCGAGGACCGGAAGAGGCUCGACGACCCGCUCGCGCGCUUCCGGCGCUUCCUCGAGGCGCGCGGGUGGUGGAGCGCCGGCGAGGAGGACACGCUCCGGGCGCGCCUCAAGGACGAGGUGCUGAAGGCGUUCAAGAAGGCGGAGGUACUUCCGAAGCCGGCGUUGCACGAAAUGUUUGAGGAGGUGUACGGCGGGGAGGAGCCAUGGAUACUUAAGGAGCAGAGGGAAGAGCUUGGGCGGUUAUUGAAGAAGUACGGCGAUGUUUGGGAACCUUGGAAGACCGAGUUAAAGAAGUUCAAAGGGGAAGGGAGGGAGCUCAUGGACCAGAAGUCCUGA